CACUUCUACUUUUUGCUGCAGCAGUUUUGAAACACUGUCUUUCCAUUAAGGAGACGGUUGAAAUGGCUCUCUCCACCCAGUUCCAGUGCUACUGCGGAGCGGCUCUUUGACGAGCAGAGGCUGGACCCGGCCAGGCGUUUGGCUGCGCAGAUUCCCAGGCAGCUGUAUCCACGGAUGCCCGCUGUGUGUUGCUACAAGAGGAUUACCAGAGCUGUACUUCUGAAAGGAAAUGUGAUUACAAUGACUCCCUUUCUUACUGUACUGUACCUGACACCCCAUCGCUAGAUAACGAGGGAGUCUGCCCAUCCUUCGUAGCGUGAAUGCAAGGCUGACAGGGCUGCCUGCGGAUCAUGUUACUCAGGUUGAAGGAAGUGCUAGAUCUGACUGCGAGUUCCCAGGGUCCUGUUGGUUGGAAGCAGAGUCAGUGGGAGACCCCCUCUCGCCCCCUGAACCCACACCACUCUCCAGAUGAAUUGAAGGCAUUCCUUACAGCCCCAGCAUCAAUCUUCACAGCAGACUCAGGUCACUCCUGGGAUUUGACUCCAGUCUCUUCCUCCACCCCUGCCUGCAGACCCAGUGGGUUGCUCCCGGCCAUGGCUGCCUAUGGACAGAGCCAGUACAGCACAGGGAUCCAGCAAGCCCCCUCAUACACACCCUACCCUCACCACGGGCAGAGCUACACAGUGCCUCCUUACAGUAUAAAGACAGAGGACAGCCUGAGUCACUCUCCUGGACAGAACAGCCUCCUCAGCUACGCCUCUAACUUCAGCAGUUCACCGUCGGGACAGGCGCUCUACAGCUACCCCACCCACGGCAACAGUAUUCCACCUGGAAUUUUCCAGGGAGCCAAUGGGAUCAGCAGCUCAUCAGCUUUUAGUCCCUCGCAACAGGAUUUCUCGGCCUACCCGAGCUUCACACAGGGCCAGUAUUCCCCCUACUACAGCUCGCACUACAACACACCCUACCUCACAGCCAGCAACGUCAGCCCCUCCUCUAUCUCCACGGCAACCUCCUACCUACAGCAGGAACACCCCUCUGUCAUCACCAACCAGAGUCCUGAGUCACUAGCAGGGGAGUACCACCCACCCGCCAGCCCCCUCACGCCAGAGAAGGAGCAGGACUCAACACAGCAGAGGAGGGGUUCAGACGGGAAGCUGCGAGGCAGGAAGAGGGCCAGCGACCCUGCACCGCCACUGGACUCUGAGAUCGAGCGCGUGUUCCUGUGGGACCUGGACGAGACGCUCAUUAUCUUCCACUCUCUGCUCACAGGGACCUUCGCCACACGCUUCAGCAAGGACUCUGCCAAGGCUGUGUCUCUAGGGCUGUGGAUGGAGGAGAUGAUCUUCAAUCUCGCGGACACCCGGCUCUUCUUUAAUGACCUGGAGGAAUGCGACCAGGUUCAUAUAGACGACGUGGCUUCGGAUGACAAUGGGCAAGAUUUAAGCACGUAUAACUUCGCUGCGGACGGGUUCCAGAGUCCCUCGAGCGGGGCCACACUGUGCCUGGGGACCGGCGUUCACGGCGGGGUCGACUGGAUGAGGAAGCUGGCAUUCCGCUACCGGCGAGUCAAGGAGGUUUACAACACCUACAAGAACAACAUCGGAGGUGUGCUGGGCAGUCCCAAGAGGGAGGAGUGGCUUCAGCUCAGGAGAGACAUGGAGGUCAUGACUGACAUGUGGCUCACCAAUGCACUGAAAGCGCUGACUCUCAUCAACUCCAGGCCGAACUGUGUGAACGUGUUAGUGACCACCACUCAGCUGAUCCCAGCACUGUCGAAGGUCCUGCUGUACGGGCUGGGCCCUGCCUUCCCCAUCGAGAACAUCUACAGUGCAACCAAGACAGGGAAGGACAGCUGCUUCGAGCGGGUGGUGCAGCGUUUCGGGAGGCGAGCAGUCUACGUGGUGGUGGGGGACGGCGCGGAGGAGGAAAGCGCCGCCAAGAAGAAGAACAUGCCAUUCUGGAGGGUGAGCUGCAGGGCUGACCUGGAUGCGCUAAGCCACGCGCUGGAGCUGGAGUACCUCUAGGGGGCGCCACCGCUCAAUCUCUCUGGACCGGGUGGAUCUCUCGCUGGUGACAGCAGAGCUGAAAAAAAAAAAGACACCCAAACAAUCAGAAAGGAUUUUUGAGACUUGUUUCAUCAUUUAGUUUUCAAGAACAUCAGGAAUCUUGUUGCGUUUCAACGUUAAAGACUUUGAGAAAAACACUUGGUGGGAUUAGCAAAAAAAUAAAGACUUCAGUUUCAGAAGACGUCUCCAGUCCUAAUUCCCAGGAUGCAGGCAGACGGAUGCUGGCUGUGCAGCUGCAGGUUCAUCCCGGUUCCUGUGUGUUAAUUAGAGGCAGUAGAGCCCACUGUUAUUUAAUAAAAGAGCGCAUCAGCAGGUUGUCCUGACAAGCUGGGCAGCUCAGUGCAUCACAAGGGGAUAGAAAGAGGUUCACUUCUGAGUCGCUGGUUCGAUUCCUGCCCAGCUCAGUGCUGAUCAGAGCAUACUGAGGCUCAGGGCUGUGUGGUCAUGUGUAUUAUCAGACAUUUCCUGCAAUAGAAAGUGGGGAUUUGUAGAGUGUGUUUCAGGACGGUGCAGCUGCUUAAACACGGGGUCAUUAUUCCAGAACUGAUAAGAGAUACUGUCCCGAGGACUGAUAGCUUGCCAGCAGGGGGGUGGCUAGCCUCUCGUUUGGUUGCACACUUUAAAAACAGAAAGGACACAUGGUGAGUGAAUGGAGAAGGCAGGCGGGGCUCCUGUUUCACUGCAGUUUCAAUCACAAUGCACGUUGCUUUGACUGAGUGCUUGCAGGAGGAAAGAUGAGGCAGGACAGAUUAUUUCUACAUUUAAAAUAUUUGAAAAAUACAGUGCUUUACCAUCAGUCAUAAUCCAUAGGAGCGAUAUUUCUAUAUUCAGUGUGUCACACACACACACACACACACACACACACACACACACACACACACGCUAAGCUCAUCAUUCUAUUGCCACAACAGGAAACCUGAAAGCUGGCUGCACCCCACAGAACACUGCUCACAGACCAAGAAAGGGAAACCCCGUGUCUGGCCACCGGGGGUCGCUAUUGUGCUGCAGAAGAGGUUUUUUUUUAAUAAGAUAUUUUCUCUUCAUAAGGGCUGGGAAGACAUCCUUGAGAAGCGCUUUCUUUUUUAAAAGGCGCAGGUAUGAAUAUGAAAGGUCUCCAAGCCUGCUUCUGUAUAAGGAUGGACAGUUUGCUGCAAAGCUUACCCGAGUAACUCCAGGCAUGGAGGCGGGACACCACAGUCCACACGAGGGCUAGGUGACUCAUCACAUGAUACCUCUGAUCCAAUCAGACGGCUCGGUGUUUCUUUUAAAAACAACAUGUAUGCAAUACAUUCUGGUUUGUGUUCUUUAAAUUCUGCCUGGAAUGAGAGCAAAGCCCUGCAUGGGACAAUCACUUUUGUAUUUAUAAACUGUUUCCCCAGUCCCUUCUUGGUUGGGAGUCCCAGUUAAGACCUGGAUGCAACCACAAUUCUUCUGGUAGCGUUUCCAUCUGCGCUUCUGGGGUUGGACUGUGGCUCAGUCUGUCAAGUGGAAGGACAAUCCUCAGGGGGGAGCUGGUUUUGCAUUCAGUACAUGUGUUGUUAGGAUCAUUGUUUACCUUGUUUUUUGUUCAGGAAAUCAAUGUGUUUUCAUGUAAAAAAAAAUAAAAAAUGUUAGGGUUGUUAUUAGGCUUUGCAUGUGUCUACUACACUGUGCCUUACUCUGGCUUUCCUGUGCUCUGUAUAUAAAUUUUGUUUUGUGACAAGAAUAAUAAUUAAAUAAA